UUCCGAGCCGCGCUCUCCGCAGUGGCCGCUGCUGGGAGACGCGACUCCGGGCGGAGCGCAGCAAACCCCUUUCAGCCCAGGUCUCCACCGGGCUGGGGCUUCUCGCUGUCCCGGAAACCCACGUAACCUCGCGGAACCCGCAGCUGGCUGCAGCGGCAACGCCGACCCUGGACGCCGCGCCAGGAUACCUAAAACUAAAAUAUUAGAAACAGAAACAUGGCUCACCAUAUUAUUUCUCUUUGGACAGUUUUGGCCCUUCUUCAGAAUUCUGUAUUAGCUGAAGAUGGAGAAAUAAGAUCAAGUUGUCGUACUGCUCCGACAGAUUUAGUUUUCAUCUUAGAUGGCUCUUAUAGUGUUGGCCCAGAAAACUUUGAAAUAGUGAAAAAGUGGCUUGUCAAUAUAACCCAAAAUUUUGACAUAGGGCCAAAGUUCAUUCAGGUUGGAGUGGUUCAAUAUAGUGACUACCCCGUACUCGAGAUUCCUCUUGGAAGCCAUGAGAUAGGAGAAAAUUUGAUGUCAGCAAUGGAAUCCAUACAAUACUUAGGAGGAAACACAAAGACUGGAAAGGCCAUCCAGUUUGCACUUGAUUACCUUUUUGCCAAGUCCUCACGAUUUCUGACUAAGAUAGCAGUGGUGCUUACGGAUGGUAAAUCCCAGGAUGAAGUCAAGGAUGCAGCAGAAGCAGCAAGAGACAGUAAAAUAACCUUAUUUGCCAUUGGAGUUGGUUCAGAAACAGAAGAUGCAGAACUAAGAGCUAUUGCCAACAAACCUUCUUCUACUUAUGUGUUUUAUGUGGAAGACUACAUUGCAAUAUCCAAAAUAAGGGAGGUGAUGAAGCAGAAACUUUGUGAAGAAUCUGUCUGUCCAACACGAAUUCCAGUGGCAGCUCGUGAUGAGAAGGGAUUUGAUAUUCUUUUAGGCUUGAAUGUAAAGAAAAAGGUUAAGAAAAGAAUCCAGCUUUCACCAACAAAGAUAAAAGGAUAUGAAAUAACAUCAAAAGUUGACUUAUCAGAAUUCACAAGCAAUGUUUUCCCAGAAGGACUUCCUCCGUCAUAUGUAUUUGUCUCCACUCAGAGAUUUAAGGUCAAGAAAAUGUGGGAUUUAUGGAGAAUUUUAACCAUUGAUGGAAGACCACAAAUAGCAGUUACCUUAAAUGGUGUGAAUAAAACCUUAUUAUUUACAACCACCAGCAUAAUUAAUGGCUUGCAAGUGGUCACCUUUGAUGACCCUCGAGUUAAGACAUUAUUUGAUGAAGGCUGGCAUCAAAUCCGUCUCUUAGUAACAGAGAGAGAUGUAACUCUGCAUAUUGAUGAUCAACAAAUCGAAAACAAGACCUUACAUCCAGUUUUAGGGAUCUUCAUCAGUGGGCAAACCCAAAUUGGAAAAUACUCUGGGAAAGAGGAAACUGUUCAGUUUGAUGUCCAAAAGUUGCGAAUCUACUGUGACCCGGAACAGAACAACCGAGAGACAGCAUGUGAGAUUCCUGGAUUUAAUGGAGAGUGCCUAAAUGGUCCCAGUGAUGUAGGUUCAACUCCAGCUCCAUGUAUAUGUCCACCAGGGAACCCAGGACUGAAAGGCUCCAAAGGUGACUCUGGACUGCCUGGGAACCCUGGCCACCCUGGACAGCCUGGUCAAGAUGGUAAGCCUGGAUAUCAGGGAAUCACAGGAUCGCCAGGUGUUCCAGGAUCACCAGGGAUACAAGGAAUUCGAGGACCACCAGGUUACAAAGGAGAACCAGGGAGAGAUGGUGAAAAGGGUGAUCGUGGACUUCCUGGUUUUCCUGGACUUCAUGGGAUGCCAGGAUCAAAGGGUGAAAUGGGCCCCAGCGGAGAUAAAGGAUCACCUGGAAUUUUGGGCAAAAAGGGUGCAAAAGGUGAAAAGGGGAGCGCUGGUUUUCCUGGCCUUCCUGGACGUGCUGGAGAACCAGGAAGACAUGGAAAGGAUGGAUUAAUGGGUUCUCCUGGCUUCAAGGGAGAAGCAGGACCCCCAGGUGCUCCAGGGCAAGAUGGACCACGUGGAGAGCCUGGAAUCCCAGGAUUUCCUGGAAAUCAAGGAUUAAUAGGACAAAAGGGUGAAAUUGGGCCUCCAGGACCACAAGGAAAACAAGGAACUCCAGGAGUGCCUGGUUUGAUGGGAAGCAGUGGCUCACCAGGUCAGCCUGGAAUACCAGGAUCUAAGGGGAGUAAAGGUGAACCUGGACAUCAAGGGAUGGCUGGAGCUUCUGGGCUCAAGGGUGAACAAGGUGCAAUGGGUCCCCCGGGAGAACCAGGUUUCCUAGGUUUACCUGGGAUACAAGGUAACAAGGGGGACAAAGGAAAUCAGGGUGAAAAAGGCAUUCAGGGUCAAAAGGGAGAACAUGGAAGACAAGGGAUUCCAGGGCAACAGGGAAUCCAAGGCGAGCAUGGUGCAGAAGGAGAGAAAGGCGAAAAGGGAGAACCUGGUGUCAGAGGUGCCAUUGGACCAAAAGGAGAAUCUGGGCUGGAUGGCCUGGCGGGGCCUGUGGGUCCCCAGGGGCAACCUGGGGAAACAGGUCCCCAAGGACCUCCAGGAUUGGAUGGGAAGCCUGGGAGAGAAUUUUCAGAACAGUUUAUUCGACAAGUUUGCACUGAUGUGUUAAGAGCCCAGCUACCAGUCUUACUUCAGAGUGGGAGAAUUCAAAACUGUGAUCAUUGUCAGUCCCAACAUGGUUCUCCGGGUAUUCCUGGGCCACCGGGUCCCAUAGGGCCAGAGGGUCCCCGAGGAUUUCCUGGUUUGCCGGGAAGAGAUGGUGUUCCUGGAUUAAUGGGUACCCCUGGACGCCCAGGUGCUAAGGGAUUAAAAGGCCUACCAGGAAGAAACGGGGCAAAGGGGAGCCAAGGGUUUGGGUACCCUGGACAACAAGGUCCUCCUGGGCCCCCAGGUCCGGAGGGCCCUCCUGGGAUGAGCAAAGAAGGUCCUCCAGGAGACCCGGGUGUUCCCGGCAAAGAGGGAGUGCAUGGAAAACCUGGUAUCCAGGGGCAACCAGGACCCCCUGGCAUCUGUGACCCAUCGCUAUGUUUUAGUGUAAUUGUUGGAAGAGAUCCAUUUAGGAAAGGACCAAACUAUUAGUGCCUGUUGUCUCAUUCAGCAACGUAGGCAUGGUGCUUUUCAUUUGUGGUUUUUUGUAUCUCAGGAAGAUAACAUUCAGUAAUCCUUUGAAAAGGAACUAAAGUACCUCGGUGUUUUAUUUUUUUUCUUAAGGGAAAAUAUAUAAAAGGUCACAUAUGCUGGUUUUAAAGGCUCUUCAAUAAUUUGUAGCCUUUAAAUCUGUAGCAUUCACUAACUACAUCUCAAUGAUUUCUUAUACAUCCAUUGUUUUAAUCAAAGUUGAAUAAAAUAAUAAAAAAAAAAAACCAUUGCCUGUUAGUCAAUUCUUCCCACUGUGAAAUGUUUCACAUUUAGCCUCCAUGCAGUAGAGUAUCUUAGUUCAAUAUCAUCUCUGUGAAUUUCAUGUUUCAUAUCUCAUAGCUCAUGCUUCUGUAGUAGCCAAAACAUGCAUUUGGUCAUUGGAAAUAAGAGCAGGGCUGAUAUUCAGCUGGGAUGGAUGGUAUUACCAUACUGGUCAUAUUACAUCAGUGUCCAUCCUUGUUGGUUAGGAUCAGUGGGUUACUUGUUAAGUGUUUUGACUAUCAUCUCUGAACAACAUUAAUGCUUUUUCUUAUUUUAUUUGCAGAUUUGAAAAUCAGAUUAACAAUAAUGCUAAGAAAAAGUAUUGAUUACAUGAGGAACAGUCAAAAUAAUCAACAUUUUACAAAAAAAAGUUUCACUAUUCCUAGUCAGUAUGUUCACAGAAAAUGCAAGUUCAGAAGUUACUAAAAUGACUAUGCUUCAUACUUGCUGAUUAAUUAGAAUGUUUGUUGUUUGCCUUCAUUUUCCAUUUCACUUAUUAUAUGUGAUGUUCAUAUAUGUUAAUUUUCAUUGUAGCAAAGCUAAUGGGAAUAAACGCUGUAGUUGAAAGGCAACUCCACAAAUCCUGCUAUGUCUUGAUAUAUUUAAGCAGACUUUAAAAAUUUUAUGAACAGUUUUUGUGUACUGUAGUUAAUACUUUUUUAAGGAACAGAAUUUGAGAAAUUUUGUCUUUUUGUCAUGCUCUAAAUUUUGUUACAUGCUUGUUAUUCAAAGUACAAUAAAGUUUUGUCCAGA